AUGAAGCCCUCGUCCGCCCUCGCCUUUUUCGGCUCUGCCACUGCUUUCGCUGCCUCAAACGCACUACGCAGGCAGUCAUCCACCGACGUCGUUGAAAACGGCUCUUUCGAAGCUGGUACCGCGGGCUGGACGCUCACUGGGCCAGCAAGCAUCGUCUCCAACGAUGACAGCAACGAGUGGAGCUUCACCGCAGCCGAAGGUACACACUUCGCGUUAGUAUCCACCUGGUCCAAUAGCAAUAACACUGGCAGCUCUCUCGCCACACCUGUCUCUGGUCUACCCUUUACUGCCCCUCAGUCCUUGAGCUUUGACUGGAACUACCUCGUCAGCUCGACAGGACGUGGACCACCAUCGAUUCAAUGCACGCUACAGACAAACGUGUUCAGUGGUAUGACGGUGCAGGGUUGGACUAGGCGUGCGUCUGCUGGUGGAUCGGGCUCUGUGCAGGAGUCUUUUACAACUGGAGCCCCUGGAGGCACUGUCACGAUCGCUUUCGGGUGUACGGGCGAUGCAGGGACUGCCAAGGUGGAUGCUGGGGUUGCCAUCGAUAAUGUGAGGUGGAGUGGUACUGUGGUCUAA